GUUGAGAUGAUUCGGCGAUUGAGAGCGGCGUUAAUAUUCAUCUGUUUGUUUGUAUUCGUGUGUGUCAAGGAAGGCCGUAGAGAGAUACAGUUCGAUUGUGAGGCUGUCAUGCCUUGUAAGGCACCUCAACCUAGGGCAUACAGGAUCAGCGAGCUGCUUGGCAGAGACCAGCUGGUCAGCUUUAAGCCUAACAUGGUAAUACUGCACAGGUGUGACAACAGUGGUUGUUGUAAUGACAAAACCCUCAUCUGUUUGCCGCUGAAUACUGAAGAGGUGAACAUGUCCUACUACUAUUUAGGAAGAUUGCGAUACAGGUACUUCAUCAACCACACAGAAUGUUCAUGUCAGAUGACCCGAGAAAUACAAGAAAAAACUAGAUCUAUUAAAAGGUGACAGAAAAGGAAGGGUUAUAAGAAAUUGUCCAGUCUCCAUCAGUAUUGUUGUGUUCGUUGACCUGUUGUUGAGUAUGAAGCUCCAAAACAAAAGCUGUCGGCUCUAUUUUAACUUCAAUCACAGCAGAAUAAGCUCGAUUUACAGAUUAAAAUUGAUGAUUAAUAUAAGAAUUCUCAAUGUUUGCCUUAUAUUCAGCAUUCAACUAUCUAAUAUUGUAUUUUGUAUUAUAUUAGGUUAUCUGUAAGCUUAAUAAAAUAAAAUAGAUAUUGGAUAAUGG